AUGCUAACCAGCCCUUCUGUCAGGUAACUUAAAAAUUGUAUUAAUUAAUAACUUUUAUAAUGCAUUGUAUUAAUUUUUUAAUGGUUCUGACAAGCCAAAAAGGAUUUUACGUACGAAAAUCCUAAUAUUUUACGUGAAAUUCCAUUUUGGUCGUCAGAAACAAUAAAAAAUUAAAGCUACAGAUGAUAUAAUGCAAUAUAAAAUUUUGAAAUUGGUUUAAAAUGUUUAUAAAAAACCUCCUCCAGGAUUGACAACAAAAUAUUGCUCAAACACAAAGAUUGGGAGUAAACAACCUUCGCCAGAAGUUUCUAAGAAAUAUAGCUGUAAUCGCUCACGUCGACCAUGGUAAAACAACGCUUGUGGACUCUAUCCUUCAACAAUGCGGCAAAAAGGUUUCGAUGGACAAUCUGGCGUUAGAAAAAGAAAGAGGAAUCACUAUUUUAUCAAAAGUUACUGGCAUUACCUACCGUGAUCAUCUAAUAAACUUUGUAGACACUCCAGGACAUGCUGAUUUUGGAGGCCAAGUAGAGCGUGUAAUGAGCAUAGUGGAUGGCGUACUCUUAGUCGUUUGCGCAACUGAAGGGCCGAUGCCUCAAACUCGCUAUGUUCUCAGCAAAGCAAUCCAUGCUGGGCUAAAGCCGAUAGUUGUCAUGAACAAGCUUGACCGUACCACAUCACGUCCAGGUGAGGUUGAAAGCAAGAUUUUUGAUUUAUUUUGCACACUAAAUGUCAAUGAAAGCCAAUUGAGCUAUCCUUUACUUUACGCGUCUGGAAGGGCUGGCUGGGCCGAUCUUACCCUAAAUGGUCCUAGGAAAAACUGUUUUCCUUUGCUAGACACAGUUAUAAGCGAAAUUCCACCCCCUAAAGAAAAUGAAGAAGGGCCUUUUAAAAUGCUCGUGUCUAUGACAGAAACGAACCCAUUUUUUGGGACUUUUAUGAUAGGAAAAGUUAAUCAAGGAGAUGUGCUAAUAGGUGACGAUAUCCAUGCAAUUGGCCCAAAUGGAGUAAAAGAGAUUGGAAAAGUCUCAAAAAUCCAGAAAAUCAUAGGAAUGGACCGAAUUGACAUAGAAAAAGGAAUAGCAGGGGACAUCAUUUCAGUUGCUGGUGUAAAAGGCUCUGUAAACGACACAAUUUCGCAUACUUCAAUCACAGAAAAGCUUGAUUUUAUCCCUAUAGACAGCCCUACAGUGACUUUAAGGAUCAGGCAGAACGAUUCCCCUUUCAGUGGCGCAGAAGCUUCUAAAUACACUUUGGCUGCUUUAAAAAAGCGUUUAGUUGAAGAAGCGGAAAACGACUUAGCCCUGGUCGUAAAAGAUGGCAAAAACUGCAUUGAAGUUUCAGGCCGUGGCGAGCUCCAUUUAGGCAUCCUAAUCGAGCAGCUUCGCAGAGAAGACUAUGAAAUGUGUGUGGAUCCACCUAUUAUCGUCACCAAAGAAGAUGAAAGCGGGAACAUCCUUGAGCCUAUCGAAGAAGUCAAAAUUGAAUGCCCAACAGAAUACGCCAACCCUCUCACUGAAGCCUUUUUAUCAAGAUUAGCUAACUUUAUCGACCAAGAAGAGUUCUCAACCACACAUACAAGGCUGAUUUUUACUAUUCCUACGCGCGCCAUGAUGGGAUUUAAGCCAACACUUUUAAAUUUGACAAAGGGAAAUAUCACGAUAGAAUCUCAUGUGGCAUCAUAUGGACCAUAUAAAGGAGCCUUACAGAGAAGAUCAGAAGGUGUAGUGGUCGCUACACAUAUAGCAACGUGCACAGAGUUCGGAGUCAACCAUUUAGAAGAAAAAGGCACAAGCUUCGUACACCCUGGGGUGAGAGUUUAUGAAGGAAUGAUCAUUGGGGAAACUGUAAUUGAUGAAGAACUUUUAAUUAACCCUGGGAAGGAAAAAAGGUUCACAAAUGUGAGGGCUGCUAUGAGGGACGAUAAUAUAAAGCUGACACCGCCCAGGGAGUUUACAGUAGAAGAGGCUUUUGCGUAUAUUAACGAGGACGAGCUUGUGGAAAUCACUCCGAAGUCAAUUAGGAUGAGAAAGAGAGAGAGAAAUCUUUAUUACUUAAAGGCCUUUAUUUCAGGGCCAUGUCCCGAUUAAAAAUGUUUUAACUUUCUUCUUUUCCUAAAAUCUUUGGAUAAAAUUUUAGUAAAAUUUUCUGAACCCACGUAAUCCGCGAUUUUUUCGAUUUCUGAGUCUGAUAUGAAUUUUCUAUAUCUGAUGAAAUUUGAAUCUGAUCUAAAUUUUAUUUUCCUGAUAAUGUUUGAUUCUGAUAUCAAUUUUAUUUUUCUGAUAAAAUUUGAAUCUGAUCUAAUUUUUAUUUUUCUGGUGUUCAGGAUUUUCUUAUCGAUUGUCUUCUUAUCAUCAAUGAUCACCUCAGUCUUCCUAUAUUUGAAGGUUUCCUGAAUAGGUGCUAUUUCAUCUAGUAUUUUUCCAUCUAAACGACUUAAAAACUCCAAUAUUUUGUCAUCUGUAUCAACAUUUUCUGCAUCACUAUCAUUUCAUUCAUACUCUGAUUCAGAAUUAUCAAGUAAUCCUGUAUCAAUAAGUUCAUUUAAUAGUAAAAGUUCGAAAAAUUCAUCCUGUAAAGCUCCGUUUUCUUCACAAAAAAGAAGAAGAAUAGGAAACAUUACUUUCCGAAUCUUCCAUUAAAAUAAAAGUGAUGAGAAAGAAGAUCUUGAAUUCAGAUGCAAGGCUGAGAGAGAAAAAAGAUAAAAAAUUGCAGGAAAAUAAAUAG